UAAACAUUGAGGAGGACUGUCUCUGCGCCCAGAGUUGGGUGCCCUCAUUUCAGACGAUUUCUAGGGUGCUUCACAGGAUCUGAAGGACCCUCGGACUUUAGAGCACCACCUCGGACCCCUGGCACCCUUGCCGCGCGGGCACCGCGACCUCCUCAGCUGCCAGGCCAGCCUCUGAUCCCCGCGAGGGUCCCUGGGUGCUGCCGGGGAGGUGGGGACCAGAAUAAAGGAGCAGUUUCCCCGUCGGUGCCAUUAUCCGACGCUGGCUUUAGGGCUCGGCCAGUCUGUCUAAAGCUGGUACAAGUUUGUUCUGUAAAACAAAAGAAGGGAAAGGGGGAAGGGGACCCUGGCACAGAUUUGGCUCGACCUCGACAUAGGCUGGGCCUGCAAGUCUGCGGGGACCGAGUCCAGAGGGGCAGUGCUGGGAACGCCCCUCACGGAAAUUAACUCCUCAGGGCACCCGCUCCCCUCCCGCGCACCACCUCCUUCCCGCCGGAGACCGGGUCCCGCGGGGGCCACCGCUGUCCACCGCCUCCAGCGGCCGCUGGCCUUGGGUCCCCGCUGCUGGUUCUCCUCCCUCCUCCUCUCAUUCUCCUCCUCCUCUGCUCCUCCCGAUCCCUCCUCCGCCGCCUGGUCCCUCCUCCUCCCGCCCUGCCUCCCAGCGCCCCGGCCCGCGCCGAGCUAGACGUCCGGGCAGCCCCCUGCGCAGCGCGGCCGCAGCAGCCUCCGCCCCCGGCACGGUGUGCGCGCCCGCCGCGGCCAAGGCGGCCGGAGUCCCGAGCUAGUCCCGGCGGCCGCCGCCGCCCAGACCGGACGACAGGCCACCUCGUCGGCGUCCGCCCGAGUCCCCGCCUCGCCGCUAACGCCACAACCACCGCGCACGGCCGCCUGACUCCGUCCAGUAUUGAUCCGGAGAGCCGGAGCUAGCUCUUCGGGGAGCAGCUAUGCGACCCUCCGGGACGGCCGGGGCCGCGCUCCUGGCGCUGCUGGCUGCGCUCUGCCCCGCGAGUCGGGCUCUGGAGGAAAAGAAAGUUUGCCAAGGCACUAGUAACAAACUCACGCAGUUGGGCACUUUUGAAGAUCAUUUUCUCAGCCUCCAGAGGAUGUUCAAUAACUGUGAGGUGGUCCUUGGGAAUUUGGAAAUUACCUAUGUGCAGAGGAAUUACGAUCUUUCCUUCUUAAAGACCAUCCAGGAGGUGGCUGGUUAUGUCCUCAUCGCCCUCAACACUGUGGAGCGGAUUCCUUUGGAAAACCUGCAGAUCAUCAGAGGAAACAUGUACUAUGAAAAUUCCUAUGCCUUAGCAGUCUUAUCUAACUAUGAUGCAAAUAAAACCGGACUGAAGGAGCUGCCCAUGAGAAACUUACAGGAAAUCCUGCAUGGCGCCGUGCGGUUCAGCAACAACCCUGCCCUGUGCAACGUGGAGAGCAUCCAGUGGCGGGACAUAGUCAGCAGCAACUUUCUCAGCAACAUGUCGAUGGACUUCCAGAACCACCUGGGCAGCUGCCAAAAGUGUGAUCCAGGCUGUCCCAAUGGGAGCUGCUGGGGUGCAGGAGAGGAGAACUGCCAGAAACUGACCAAAAUCAUCUGUGCCCAGCAGUGCUCCGGGCGCUGCCGUGGCAAGUCCCCCAGUGAUUGCUGCCACAACCAGUGUGCCGCGGGCUGCACGGGCCCCCGGGAGAGCGACUGCCUGGUCUGCCGCAAAUUCCGAGACGAAGCCACGUGCAAGGACACCUGCCCCCCACUCAUGCUCUACAACCCCACCACGUACCAGAUGGAUGUGAACCCCGAGGGCAAAUACAGCUUUGGUGCCACCUGCGUGAAGAAGUGUCCCCGUAAUUAUGUGGUGACAGAUCACGGCUCGUGCGUCCGAGCCUGUGGGGCGGACAGCUAUGAGAUGGAGGAAGACGGCGUCCGCAAGUGUAAGAAGUGCGAAGGGCCUUGCCGCAAAGUGUGUAACGGAAUAGGUAUUGGUGAAUUUAAAGACACACUCUCCAUAAAUGCUACAAAUAUUAAACACUUCAAAAACUGCACCUCCAUCAGUGGCGAUCUCCACAUCCUGCCGGUGGCAUUUAGGGGUGACUCCUUCACACACACUCCGCCUCUGGAUCCACAGGAACUGGAUAUUCUGAAAACCGUAAAGGAAAUCACAGGGUUUUUGCUGAUUCAGGCUUGGCCUGAAAACAGGACGGACCUUCAUGCUUUUGAGAACCUAGAAAUCAUACGCGGCAGGACCAAGCAACAUGGUCAGUUUUCUCUUGCGGUCGUCAGCCUGAACAUAACAUCCUUGGGAUUGCGCUCCCUCAAGGAGAUAAGCGAUGGAGAUGUGAUAAUUUCAGGAAACAAAAAUUUGUGCUAUGCAAAUACAAUAAACUGGAAAAAACUGUUUGGGACCUCCAGUCAGAAAACCAAAAUUAUAAGCAACAGAGGUGAAAACAGCUGCAAGGCCACAGGCCAGGUCUGCCAUGCCUUGUGCUCCCCCGAGGGCUGCUGGGGCCCGGAGCCCAGGGACUGCGUCUCCUGCCAGAAUGUCAGCCGAGGCAGAGAAUGCGUGGACAAGUGCAACAUCCUGGAGGGUGAGCCAAGGGAGUUUGUGGAGAACUCUGAGUGCAUACAGUGCCACCCAGAAUGCCUGCCCCAGGUCAUGAACAUCACCUGCACGGGACGGGGACCAGACAACUGUAUCCAGUGUGCCCACUACAUUGACGGCCCCCACUGCGUCAAGACCUGCCCAGCAGGAGUCAUGGGAGAAAACAACACCCUGGUCUGGAAGUACGCAGACGCCGGCCACGUGUGCCACCUGUGCCAUCCAAACUGCACCUAUGGAUGCACUGGGUCAGGUCUUGAAGGCUGUGCAAGGAACGGGCCUAAGAUCCCGUCCAUCGCCACUGGGAUGGUGGGGGCCCUCCUCUUGCUGCUGGUGGUGGCCCUGGGGAUCGGCCUCUUCAUGCGAAGGCGCCACAUCGUUCGGAAGCGCACACUGCGGAGGCUGCUGCAGGAGAGGGAGCUUGUGGAGCCUCUUACGCCCAGUGGAGAAGCUCCCAACCAAGCUCUCUUGAGGAUCUUGAAGGAAACUGAAUUCAAGAAGAUCAAAGUGCUGGGCUCCGGUGCGUUCGGAACUGUGUAUAAGGGACUCUGGAUCCCAGAAGGUGAGAAAGUUAAAAUUCCCGUCGCUAUCAAGGAAUUAAGAGAAGCAACAUCUCCAAAAGCCAACAAGGAAAUCCUCGAUGAAGCCUACGUGAUGGCCAGCGUGGACAACCCCCAUGUGUGCCGCCUGCUGGGCAUCUGCCUCACCUCCACCGUGCAGCUUAUCACGCAGCUCAUGCCCUUCGGCUGCCUCCUGGACUACGUCCGGGAACACAAGGACAAUAUCGGCUCCCAGUACCUGCUCAACUGGUGUGUGCAGAUUGCAAAGGGCAUGAACUACUUGGAGGACCGGCGCUUGGUGCACCGCGACCUGGCAGCCAGGAACGUACUGGUGAAAACGCCACAGCAUGUCAAGAUCACAGAUUUUGGGCUGGCCAAACUGCUGGGUGCAGAAGAGAAAGAAUACCAUGCAGAAGGAGGCAAAGUGCCUAUCAAGUGGAUGGCAUUGGAAUCAAUUUUACACCGAAUUUAUACCCACCAGAGUGAUGUCUGGAGCUACGGGGUGACCGUUUGGGAGUUGAUGACCUUUGGAUCCAAGCCAUAUGACGGAAUCCCUGCCAGCGAGAUCUCCUCCAUCCUGGAGAAAGGAGAACGCCUCCCCCAGCCACCCAUAUGUACCAUCGAUGUCUACAUGAUCAUGGUCAAGUGCUGGAUGAUAGACGCAGAUAGUCGCCCAAAGUUCCGUGAGUUGAUCAUUGAAUUCUCCAAAAUGGCCCGAGACCCCCAGCGCUACCUUGUUAUUCAGGGGGAUGAAAGAAUGCAUUUGCCAAGCCCUACAGACUCCAACUUCUACCGUGCCCUGAUGGAUGAAGAAGACAUGGACGACGUGGUAGAUGCCGACGAGUACCUCAUCCCACAGCAGGGCUUCUUCAGCAGCCCCUCCACAUCACGGACUCCCCUCCUGAGCUCUCUGAGUGCAACCAGCAACAAUUCCACUGUGGCUUGCAUUGAUAGAAAUGGGCUGCAAAGCUGUCCCAUCAAGGAAGACAGCUUCUUACAGCGAUACAGCUCAGACCCCACAGGCGCCUUGACUGAGGACAGCAUAGACGACACCUUCCUCCCAGUGCCUGAAUACAUAAACCAGUCUGUUCCCAAAAGGCCCGCUGGCUCUGUGCAGAAUCCUGUCUAUCACAAUCAGCCUCUGAACCCUGCGCCCAGCAGAGACCCACACUACCAGGACCCCCACAGCACCGCAGUGGGCAACCCCGAGUAUCUCAACACUGUCCAGCCCACCUGUGUCAACAGCACAUUCGACAGCCCUGCUCAUUGGGCCCAGAAAGGCAGCCACCAAAUUAGCCUGGACAACCCUGACUACCAGCAGGACUUCUUUCCCAAGGAAGCCAAGCCAAAUGGCAUCUUUAAGGGCUCCACAGCUGAAAAUGCAGAAUACCUAAGGGUCGCACCACAAAGCAGUGAAUUUAUUGGAGCAUGACCACGGAGGACAGUAUGAGCCCUAAAAAUCCAGACUCUUUCAAUACCCAGGACCAAGCCACAGCGGGUCCUCCAUCCCAACAGCCAAGCCCGCAUUAGCUCUUAGACCCACAGACUGGUUUCGCAACGUUUACACUGAUCAGCCAGGAAGUGCUUCCACCUCGGGCGCAUUUUGGGAAGUUGCAGGUGCAUUCCUUUGUCUUCAAACUGUGAAGCAUUUACAGAAACGCAUCCAGCAAGAAUAUUGUCCCUUUGAGCAGAAGUUUAUCCUUCAAGGAGGUAUAUUUGGGAAAAAAAAAAAAAAAAGUAUAUGUCAGGAUUUUUAUUGAUUGGGGAUCUUGGAGUUUUUCAUUGUCACUAUUCAUUUUUACUUCAAUGGGCUCUUCCAACAAGGAAGAAGCCUGCUGGUAGCACUUGCCACCCUGAGUUCAUCCAGGCCCAACUGUGAGCAAGGAGCACAGGCCACAAGUCUUCCAGUGGACUCUUGAUUCCAGUGGUUGUGCUUCAAGGCUUCCACUGCAAAACACUAAAGAUCCAAGAAGCCCUUCAUGGCCCCAGCAUGCCGGAUCGGUACUGUAUCAAGUCAUGGCAGGUACAAUAGGAUAAGCCACUCUGUCCCUUCCUGGGCAAAAAAGAAAUGGAGGGGAUAGAAUUCUUCCUUAGACUUACUUUUGUAAAAAUAUCCCCACGGUACUUACUCCCCACUGGUUGACUAGUGGUUUCCAGUUGUGAGCAUUAGACUGACUUGUUUGUCUUCCAUUCCAUUGUUUUGAAACUCAGUAUGCUGCCCCUGUCUUGCUGUCAUGAAAUCAGCAAGAGAGGAUGACACAUCAAAUAACAACUCGGAUUCCAGCCCACAUUGGAUUCAUCGGCAUUCAGACCAAUAGCCUACAGCUGAGAAUGUGGAAUACCUAAGGAUAACACCGCUUUUGUUCUAACAAAAACAUAUCUCCUAAUUUGAGGCUCAGAUGAAAUGCAUCAGGUCCUUUGGGGUAUAGAGCAGGAGACCACAAAAAUGAAGCUGCUCUGAAAUCUCCUUUAGCCAUCACCCCAACCCCCCACAAUUAGUUUGGGUUACUCAUGGAAGAUAAUUUUCUCCUUUUACUUCACUUUAAAAGCUAUUUACUCAAAGAGUAUAUGUUCCCUCCAGGUCAGCUGCCCCCAGACCCCAUCCUUACCCUUUUUCAAACAAAAAGUGUCUCCUCCCUGAGUCAGCUAUUCAAGCACUUACAGCUCUGGCCACAACGGGACAUUUUACAGGUGCGAAUGAGAGUGGCAUUAUGAGUAAUGUGGAAUUCAGGUAGUAAAUAUGAAACUAGGGUUUGAAAUUGAUAAUGCUUUCACAACAUUUGCAGAUGUUUUAGAAGAAAAAAAGUUCCUUGCUAAAAUAAUUUCUCUACAAUUGGAAGAUUCAGCUAGUUAGGAUCCCACCUUUUUUCUUAAUCUGUGUGUGCCCUGUAACCUGACUGGUUAACAGCAGCCCUUUGUAAACAGUGUUUUAAACUCCCCUAGUCAAUAUCCACCCCAUCCAAUUUAUCAAGGAAGAAAUGGUUCAGAAAAUAUUUUCAGCCUACAGUUAUGUUCAGUCACACACACAUACAAAAUGUUCCUUUUGCUUUUAAAGUAUUUUUUGACUCCCAGAUCAGUCAGGGCCCCUACAGCUUUGUUAAGAAAGUAUGUGAUUUUCGUCUCAAUGAAAAUAAAAUUAUAUUCAUUUCCACUCUAUUAUGCUCUCAAAUACCCCUAAGCACCUAUACUAACCUGGUAUGGGUAUGAAAGAUACAAAGAUAAAUAAAACAUAGUCCCUGAUUCUGAGAAAUUCACAAUUUAGCAAAGGAAAUGGACUCAAAGAUGCUAACCUUAAAACAACCUGACAAAUGCUAGACAGGACCCAUCAGCCAGGCACUGUGAGAGCACAGAACAGGAAGGUUGGGUCCUGCCUGAGGAGACCUGGAAGGUUCAUUAGGGAGGCCUCACAGGAGGAUGACCAGGUCUCAGCCACAGGGGAGGUGGAAAGUGCAGGUGCAGCAGGGGCACCCUGAUCAAGGAAACAGCUGCCAGACACCUUCACUGCUGAAGUCCGCAUAAGGCUGAGGUCAGUCGCCCUAGCAACCUGCUCCCUCUAAGUCAGGGGAUGAGCUUGGCUCAUCCCGCAAGAGCCCUAAAAGUUGCAUCCCCCACAGGGAUUUUGAGCUAUCAUCUCUGCACAUGCUUAGUGAGAAGACUACGCAACAUUUCUAAGAAUCUGAGAUUUUUUAUCGUCGGUAAACCACUUCCAUUAUUCAUUCACCUCAGGACAAACAGAAAUAUUUCAGUCAGAACUGGGAAACAGAAGGACUCACAUUCUGCUGUCACUUAUGUGUCAAGAAGCAGAUGAUUGAUGAGGCAGGUCAGUUGUAAGUGAGUCACAUUGUAGCAUUAAAUUCUAGUAUUUUUAUAGUUUGAAACGCUAACAUAAUAAAAGAGCAACAGCUAUUCUAGCUUUCUUCUUCAUAUUUUAAUUUUCCACCAUAAAGUUUAGUUGCUAAAUGUAUUAAUUUUAAGAUUGUACUUCCCAAAAUAGUUCUCACUUCAUCUGUCCAGGGAGGCACAGUUCUGUCUGGUAGAAGCCGCAAAGCCAUUGGCCUCUCCACGGAUCUGGUGACCAUGGUGGGCAGGUCGGGAGAGGAGCUGCCCAAAGUCCCAUGAUUUUCACCUAACAGCCCUGUUCGUCAGUUCUCAAAGCUUGGACUCCAUCCCUGAAGGUCUUCCUGAUUGAUAGCCUGGCCUUAAUACCCUACAGGAAACCUGUCGGCUGUUUCUUCCUCAGAUUCCUGGAAGACCUUACCCCAUGACCCCCGCUUCAGAUGUGGCCUUUGGAAACAGAGGUCAAAGGAAAGUAAGGAGCUGAGAGCUCACAUUCACAGGUGCCGCCAGCCUUUCGCAUCUUCUUGCAUCAUCUCUAAGGAGCUGCUCUAAUUGCUCCAUGCCUGUCACCCCAUGAGGGAUCAAAGAAGGGAUGAGUCUUCUAAACUGUAUAUUCGCUGUGAGUCCAGGUUGUAAGGGGGAGCAUUGUGGACGCAUCCUAUUGCACUCCAGCUGAUGACAACAAAGCUUAGGUGUUUGCUGAAAGUUCUUGAUGUUGUGACUUACCACCUCCGUCUCACAACGGCAGACAUAAGGGGACUGUGGAUUGCUUAGCAGGAAAGGCACUGGUUCUCAAGGGUGACUGCCCUUGGGAAUCUCCUGGUCCCAACCAGAAAGAUUGUGACUUGAUUUUCUCAGGUGCAGCCCAGCCGUAGGGCCUUUUCAGAGCACCCCCUGGUUAUUGCAACAUUCAUCAAAGUUUCCAGAACCUCUAGCCUAAAGGAAGGGCCUGGUGGGGGUCUGCUUGGCACUCGCUGGGGGGCCACCCACCGAGUGCCACUCUCACUAGGCCUCUGGUUGCACUUGCGUAGGAUGAGGCUGGUUAGUGACUGGAACUCAGCACCUCCCCUCAGGCAGAAGAGAAUCACCUGUGGAGCUUCAAAUGAAGGGGCUUGGGGUCUCUGCAGACCAAUUCAACCCAAAUCUCAGGGGCUCUUUCAUGAUUCUAAUGGGCAGCCAGGGUUGAAACCCUUAUUUCUAGGGUCUUCAGUUGUACAGGACUGUGGGUCUGUACCAGGGCCCCCAGUCAGAGUAGAAUAAAAGGCUGGGUAAGGUAGAGAUUCCCAUGUGCAGUGGAGAGAACAAUUUGCAGUCACUGAUAAGCCUGAGAUUUGGCUGCUAGUGGUCAUUCCAAAAGCCUCCAAUUCAUCAUCAUCACCAGCAGUUCAGCUGGAAAGGGGCAAAUACCCCCACUGGAGCCUUGAAAAAGCCCUGGGAACCCUCCACAUUCUCUAAGUAAGUUAUAGAAACCAGUCUCUUCCCUCCUUUGUGAAUGAGCUGCUAUUCCGCGUAGGCAACACCUAUUGAAAUUGCCCUCAACGUCUACUCUGCAUUUCUUUCUUGUGAUAAGCACACACUUUUAUUGCAAUAUAAUGAUCUGCUCACAUUUCCUUGUCUGGGGGCUGUAAAACCUUACAGAACAGAAAACCUUGCCUCUCUCACCAGCCACGCCUGCCAUACCAGGGGUACAGCUUUGUACUAUUAAAGACACAGACAGGAUUUUUAAAUGUAAAUCUAUUUUUGUAACUUUUUUGUGGGAUAUCAUCCUCUUUAUGUAGCACUGAACUUUGUACAAUAUAUUUUUAGAAACUCAUUUUUCUACUAAAGGAAACACAGUUUACUUUAGAGACCAAUAAAAUCAAAAUUUGAAACGGAAAUCUUUGUUUAAAAGGGUUAAGUUGAGGCAAGAGGAAAGCCCUUUCUCUCUUACAAAAAGGCACAACCUCAUUGGGGAGCUAAGCUAGGUCAUUGUCAUGGUGAAGAAGAGAAGCAUCGUUUUUAUAUUUAGAAAAUUUUAAAAGAUGAUGGAAGGUAUAUUUAGCUUGGUCUGAGGCAGGUUCUGUUGAGUCUGUUGGGGCAAUGUUAAUGGAAAGGGCUCACUGUCUGUUGUUACAACUAGAAAAAUCCAGCUGCAUGCCAUACCCUCAUCAUCUGCCAGUGUGACCCAGUACAUGUAAGAAAAGCAAUAACAUAGCAUUUUGUUGGUUUAUAUAUAUACUGUGACUUCAAUGCAAAUUAUUUUAUUUUUAUAUUUAAAAUUGAUAUGCAUCUAUCAGUAUAAACUAGUCAUAUCUGGAGAGCCCUAAUAAUGUUCAGCACACUUUGGUUCGUUCACCAACAGUCUUACCGAGGCUGAGCCCAGCCACCCUAAAGAAGUUAUUUAGCCCUGGCUGCAGUGACAUCACCUGAGGAGCUUUUAAAAAGCUUGAAGCCCAGCUACACCUCAGACCAAUUAAAGGCAAGUCUCUGGGGCUGAAACCCAAGCGUUUGUAGUUUUUAAAGCUCCUGAGGUCAUUCCAGUGUGCAGCCAAAGUUGAGAACUACCGGCCUAGGGAUUAGCCACAAGGACUUGGACUUGGAGGCAAAUUCUGCAGGAGUAUGUGAUCCUCAGGACUAGAGAACUGAGACACAAAGACCUCCGCAUCUGUCGCUGAGAGUCAAGAACCUAAACAGAGUUUCCAUGAAGGUUCUCCAAGCACUAGAAGGGAGAGUGUCUAAACAAUGGUUGAAAAGCAAAGGAAAUAUAAAACAGACACCUCUUUUCCAUUUCCUAAGCUUGCUCUCUUUAUUAAGGGUGGACUAGAAAUAAAAUAUAAUAUUCCUGAUACUUAUGCAGCUGACAUUGUUGCUCUCCCCAAAGCAACCAAGUAGGCUUUAUUUCCCACAGUGAAAGAAAACAUUGACCUAUCAGUUACAUUACAAAAGGCAGAUUUCAAGAGGAGUAGUAAGUGGUUGGAUGGCUUUUAUAAAAACAAGAAUUCAAGAAGAGGAUUCAUGCUUUAAGAAACAUUUGUUAUACAUUCUUCACAAAUUAUACCUGGGAUGAAAACUGUAGCAGACAGUGUGUUUUCCUUCCAUGUCUCUCUGCACUACCCACAGUGUGUCCUCUGACGCUGCAAGUCUAUCCUAUCUGAAUUCCCAGCAGAAGCACUAAGAAGCUCCACCCUAUCACCUAGCAGAUAAAACUAUGGGGAAAACUUAAAUUCGUGCAUACAUUUCUGGAUGCAUUUACUUAUCUUUUUAAAAAAAGGAAUCCUAUGACCUGAUUUCGCCACAAAAAUAAUCUUGCUGUACAAUACAAUCUCUUGGAAAUUAAGAGAUCCUGUGGAUUUGAUGACUGGUGUUAGAGGUGACAGUGUAACCGACUAACAACAGACAGCAAUAACUUCAUUUCAGAAAUGUUCAAGCAAUAGCUUCGUAGCUUCGACAUAUGGUACGUUUUAACCUUGAAAGUUUUGCAAUGAUGAAAGCAGUAUUUGUACAAAUGAAAAGCAGAAUUCUCUUUUAUAUGGUUUAUACUGUUGAUCAGAAAUGUUGAUUGUGCAUUGAGUAUUAAAAAAUUAGAUGUAUAUUAUUCACUGUUCUUUACUCAUGAGUACUUUAUAAUAAUAAUAAUGUAUUCUUUGUUAACAA